ACCCGCAAACGAGAACGUCGUCGAACUGUUCGCGAAAGCACGUGGAAGACAGACUCUGGAUUCAUGUUCUCGUAAACUUAAAACUAGAAAUGAGUACUGGUGGAAAAUUUAUCGCGAAGUUGACAGUGUCUUUUAACGAAACGAGACCAUCGGAAGUUGUCACAUGCUUUUGUACUCGCGCAUUACAGAGUGAUACAGACCUUUUGAAGUAUGUAAAGGAACAAGGGAGAAUGUUAAAAGAGGAACAAAUAACUACCCAGGUCGAGGCAAUGCAUCUUGAUGAUGUUAAUGAAUCAGAUGAAGCUCUACUCCAAGAGCUCAAAAUGAUGAAGAAGAUGGGUUUGCCAACAUCCUUCUCGACAUCACUCUGUGAUGUGAGCUCAAAGAAAGAGCCUGUGACAUAUGACAAUUCUAAAAGACAAAAGAAGUUAAGUAAAAGUAGAGAAAACAAUGCCUUGCCAAGGCAAAAGCAAAUGGCAAAGAUGGACAGUGAGAGACUGUGCGAGGUAGAUAAGAAAACAAUUGAUAGUGCUCUCCCUUCGACAAGGUUUGAAACUGGUGAUGAUUGCUCAGGUCCUUGUAAACCAGAGCAAGAAGCUAUAACUCUUCAUGAUUGUUCAAGCCUGAAUUGUGAUAGUCAGACUCAAAGGAAAAAAAAUUUGUUUGAAAACAUGGACAAUGCUGAAUUGAGUGGGAGGCAAAUUUUUCAGGAGAACUCAAGCAUCUUUAUGCCAUCAUCAGAUGAAAUGUUGGAACACCAAGUCAGUGGAAAAUGUACCUGUUCACAUGAUUUUUCUGCUGAGUACAUUUCUCAGGGCUGCAUAAGGAAAGAAGAUAGUGUUCCCACUGAAAGUAUACUCAAAAGUCAAGUGAGAGAACAAAAGACCUCACAGAUGCUGCUGAAACACUUAGGUACAUGCACAAGCAUUGAUUCUGAUCAAGAAGUUGAAAGAACGCAAACAACAGGGGGCAAUAUUAAACUGGCAGCUCCUUAUGUUUUGAAUUCUAGAGAGAGUGGCACAGCUGGGCAAAUCCAACUUGAGUACCAACAGGAACAAGCUUUACUUGUAAAAGGCACAGACUCCCACAUUGCUGCAAUUCCUGUCCAAAUAACAAGUGUCCCAAAAGGAAGGAAAAGUCCCUCAAUAGGAGAAGGACACAAUGGGAAAUUGGAAAGCCAUACUCUUGAUGACACAGAGGAGAAGAAAACUCUCUCUCUCCCCACUGAGAAGGAUAUCAGUUACAACAGUGGCUGGGAACAGUAUUGGAAAAUAUAUGGUUACUCUUUGGUGUGGGAAAGCUGGAAAGAAAUUUAUUCUCAAAUUUCUGAUGCUCAAAAUAAUAAAUGUUUAAAAGCUGAUGAAGAAGCAAGGUUUUCAGGUGAGGCCCAAAGUGAUACCCUAGAAAACACCUUACUGAAGGGAGAGAAAAAAAGUACCUGUAAUUACUUACAAGAAAAUGUUCCAGAUGGGGAUCAUGUAUUGGACAAUGAAUUGUCACUUGGAGAAAACUACAUUGUACAGCCCUUGGACCUUCCCAGUGAGUCUGCCGAUGGGAAUGAUUAUCAAAUAGAGAUGGCACAUCCAGUCUCUCGAGAAGAAGAAGACACAAAGAAUUUUAAAUUCAGCAAGGAAUCAUCACCAACUUGGACAGAGGAAGUAAAUUUACUCUGGGAACAAAAUUACCUGGAUGUAUAUCAUUAUUACUAUGAACAAUACCACUACUGGUCCAGCAAGGGGUACAGUUUUGAUGGUCAUUUGGAUUACUCCACAGGUGACCCAGAUAAGACUAUUACAGGCUUUGAUGAAGAUCAGGACUGUGUUUCAGGGUUAGGAAAAGAGGUGGGUCACAGAUUUGAUAGUCAUUUAGAGCACUCCACAGGUAACCCAGUUGAAUUGCUUACAAGCAUCGCUGAACACCAAGGCACUGUUUCACAUGGAUCUGCAAAAAAGCCAAGGAAGAAGAAGAAAGGGAGACAUGGUGACGCCACUCACUCAGCAGCAAGGCCAACAGUUCGUGGAGGCAGCAGGGUGGGAACACAGCAAGUCUCCAGCGAAACCAGUGAAUCAUGCGAUGGAAAUGAACCACCUCCUGAAGAGAGAUGGAAAAAAUUGAAAAGGGCGCAUGAGUUGGAUGUGGAGGAAGAAAAUACCUUGAGUCUUGAGAGAGCAUAUGAAAUGAUGGGAUUUAAGGUAUCUCGCAAAUUACCUCUUAACGCCUCCUGUUCUUCGGCACUAUCAAAUGUCCCUGGUGGAAGUGCUAAACUGUUAGUACCAGUGGAAGACCUUCAAUCCAAUAACAAAUUUCUAAACAUGCACCAGGUGUCGAAGGUUCCCGAACUGAAAGGAAUACAUCUUAGGUUUGAAGACGAAGAAGAUGAAGAUAAUGAAAUACACUGUUUCACUCGAGAGGGCGAGGAACUUUCAUUACCUCAAGCUCAGGAGAAAGCAUAUGAAGAAUCAGAAGAUCACUUGGCUUUAAAACACGACCAAGACACAGCCACAGGCUGCAGCUUGGAUUUAAGCGGCCAAAUUGAUUUAAAUCCGGAUUCUAGUCGCAAAGAUAACUCAAGUGCAGAUUUAAGCGGGAAAUAUGAUUCAAAUGUUAAUCUAAGCGGCAAAACUGAUUUUAAUCCAGAUUUAAGGCGAGGAAGUGAUUCACAUAUUGAUUCAAGCGGAGAAACUAAUUCAAAUUCCGAUGUUGGAAACCAAAUGAUGGAUCGUCAGGUUGACGUUCUAGACAACCAUGGUAAUGCUUGCCUUCCCUCAGAGGAUCACCGAAAAGUUUUCUUGAACCAGGACACUAUUGAUGGUAUCACGGUGAAAACAAAUCCCCAGCAAGAUCCAGAAAUUGCCAAGUACUGGGCGCAGAGAUACCGCUUGUUUUCGCGAUUUGACAAAGGUAUCAAAAUGGACAAAGAGGGAUGGUUCUCUGUUACUCCCGAGCGCAUAGCUAAGCAUAUCGCCGAGAGGUGUCGUUGCGAUCUUAUCGUAGAUGCAUUCUGCGGUGUCGGUGGAAAUGCAAUUCAAUUUGCCUUCACCUGCGAGCGCGUCAUAGCAAUUGACAUCGACCCCGUAAAGGUCGCCCUUGCUCAUCAUAACGCUACAGUGUAUAGAGUAGCAGAUCGGAUUGAGUUCAUUUGUGGUGAUUACAUGAGCUUGAUACCGCGCUUGACCGCUGACGUGGUGUUCUUGAGCCCGCCAUGGGGCGGACCUAACUAUACUAGCGCAGAGGUGUUUGACAUUCGAACCAUGAUCACAUUGGAUGGCUGUAGACUUUUUGACGAAACAAAAUCAAUUACGGAGAAGAUUGCUUAUUUUAUGCCUCGUAACGCCGACAUCGAACAACUGCUAUCCCUCGCUGCUCCGAAUGGCAGGGUGGAAAUUGAGCAGAAUUUUCUAAACAAGAAACUGAAGACAAUAACGGCAUAUUAUGGAGAACUAGUAGAAGAAGUGUUUUAAAAAUUUAGGCAAGAAAGAAAAUUUAGACAGAAAGCAUGCAGAACAAAUCAGAGAGACCUGCGCCCGCAUUCACUUUUUUUUUUUUUUUUGCCAAAGCAGACCUGAUUUUAGCGAGUGAAAUUUGCUGUUGACCCUUUACACCCUAAUCUCCUGUACAUUUUUCCUUUGGUACUGACCUGGAGAAUUCGUUUGACCAUCAAGUUACUUAGGUUGGGGAUCAUUUCCUUAAAUCUCAUGAUCCUAAUGAAUGAUUCGGCGGUGUAGACGUGAGGAGAAAUUAGAUGCUGAUCAAUCUAACGGUUGAAAAGGUUAAUAUUGUUUUACGUUUAUUAAUCUGCAAAAUUCACUGGAAUAGAUUUUCCACGUUGGACUCUAGACAAACUAUAAAGAAGUUUAGAUUUCCACUGACUCUCAAACUCCCUCAUCUGAUAAAUAAUUCUCCCUUCUGGCCGCUAUUCAUUUAUUUGUAAAAGAAUCAAAAGAAUUUAAUGUUGUCAUCAAAAUGACGUUUUUGAGACGCGAGCGGUAGCCCGAAAGUUAAAAGUUCUUAUUCCCAGUGCUCACUCCCCCUAUUUAAUUUAGAAUGCUAAAACAACGACUUACGGUCGAUACAUAUGCGUCAAAGUGCAUCAAAAUUAAUUUUAUUAUUCCUCUGGUUUUUGUCCGCGUUUCAAAAACGUCUCUCCUUAAGUUCUCUACUAGUUUGUUGGGAGAAGUGACGCGUUUAUCAACUUUGGAAGAUAAUGGGUUAACUUCUAGUAAAUUCCCUACUCAGUAUUUCCUCAAGUGUCCACCGUAUUUUUACUGAUUCGAAAUCAAACUUCAUGAAGAAAUUUUGCAAUCACUAGAUUCCCAUAAGUUGAUAACAGCAAUGCAUGUUACUGUUACACCCAAGGUUAUAGGAUAUACCAUUCCCCGGGAUUUUAUGUCGCCUGAUUAUUUCAUCACAGUAUCUUUUCGUUACAUUUUUUAUCUGUACUUACCGUUAAUAGUAUGAAAGGCUCGCUAGUGUCAUAAGUUUUACAUUUUUGAAGAAAAUAAUUAUGGCUCAGAUUGGAUACUUGCUUUUUUUUUUUUUUUUUUGUUCUUGUUGUUUUUGUGGUUUAAAUAAACAUUUAUAAAGUA